UGCUGCUAUAACCAGCUGAUGCUGAGGCUACGAACGCGGAGCCUCCGAAGAACUGUUGACGGUACACUGACCCUUCCGUCAUCGACGUUAUGUCUGCGGAUCCAGGUCUUAUCUGCCCCCAGAGCCGGAGUGGGGAGGACAUUUGAUCGUGUCACGACGCGCAGGCCCGUGGUUCUUUUUUCUCGCCCCUGUCGCUCCACAGGAUGUUUCUUCAUCUCCCCACAUAAUCGCUUUCCCAGGGAAUGAUGCUCUCUGCUUCCUCCACACACAGGCGACACAUCGCAUAUGCAGAUUCCCUCCCCCAUGUGGAGUUUUGGAUAAAGGCACAGGAGCGACACAAAGAUAUGAAGUAAAAGGACAUUUAGAAGAACUCCAGUCAGAUACUUUAACACAAGGAAACUGACAUUUAGAGGACGUUAAGUAGUGUGUGCUGUGGAAAAAGCAGGGGCUGUGAAAAGAGGAGGAGCAAAGAUGGCUUGUUGUCAGAGGCCUGCCGCGUUUCUCCGGGAGUCUGCAGCUGACCCGAUCAGCUGCUGGUCCAAGCAGGAGUGUCCCUGUUAAAGUCUGAGCAGCGCAUCAUUUCACCUGGUGGAGGAGACCCCGCUCUGUGUGAUGUGAUGAAUAAGUUUGAAGUCCUUGGCAUUGUGGGAGAAGGUGCAUAUGGAGUGGUGCUUAAGUGCAGACACAAGGAAACAAAUGAGCUGGUGGCCAUCAAGAAGUUCAAAGACAGUGAAGAAAAUGAGGAGGUUAAGGAGACGACGCUUCGGGAGCUGAAGAUGCUCCGGACCCUGAAGCAGGACAACAUCGUCGAGCUCAAAGAGGCUUUUCGCAGGAGGGGGAAGCUCUACCUCGUCUUUGAAUAUGUUGAGAGGAACAUGCUUGAACUGCUAGAGGAAUUUCCCAAUGGUGCGCCGCCAGAAAAAGUUCGCAGCUACAUUUUCCAGCUCAUCAAAGCCAUCAACUGGUGUCACAAAAAUGAAAUCGUACACAGAGAUAUCAAACCAGAAAACCUUCUCAUCAGUUCAGAUGAUGUUCUUAAACUGUGUGACUUUGGGUUUGCUCGUAACCUAUCUGAAGGAACAGAUGCCAACUACACCGAGUACGUGGCCACCAGGUGGUACCGCUCACCUGAGCUGCUGCUGGGGGCUCCCUACGGAAAGGCUGUGGACAUGUGGUCAGUGGGGUGUAUUCUGGGGGAGCUGAGUGACGGGCAGCCUUUGUUUCCGGGGGAAAGCGAGAUUGAUCAGCUCUUCACCAUCCAGAAGGUUCUGGGUCCUCUUCCUGCUGAACAGAUGAAACUCUUUUACAACAACCCGCGAUUUCAUGGAAUCAGGUUUCCCACAGUCACCCAUCCUCAGACUUUGGAGAGACGGUACCAGGGAAUUAUGAGUGGUUUGAUGUUGGAUUUGAUGAAGAGCAUGUUGCUGCUGAACCCUACCGAGCGUUUUCUCACUGAGCAGUGUUUGAACCAUCCUGCUUUCCAGCCUUUGAGGCAGACGGAGAGAGAAAAAUCUUCUCCUGGUUCUCCAAACCCACCACGCUCGUCCAAGAGAAAAACACACCACCACGGAGAAAAUACAGUCCCUACAAGGAGUCACACCAAGAGCACUAGUCGUAGAUCAACCAGCAAGGAAUGUUCCAGUCUCCCUCGCCAUGGAGACCUGCAUCACCUCAGCAAUGAGAGUUUCCUGAAUGGCAACAAACCGGCUCCAUCUAGUUUAAGUCCUACACUCCACCCCAAAGUCCAGUACAUGUCCCAGACCCUAAAUCGUUCAGCCUCGUCCAACAAAGAUCUGGCUAACAACAACCUGCCACAUCUUCUCAGUCCCAAAGAGGCAAAAAACAAGACAGAGUUUGAUUUCAACUUGGGGCCCUCAACAAAGCUGUCAGAUCAGGGACAUGGGGCAAAAUACACCCACAGCAAGCCAAGCUCGUCUCGCUCUCAGCAGCAGCAACAGCAGCAGCAACAACAGCAGCAACAGCAGCAACAGCAGCAGCAGCAGCAGCAACAGCAGGCCAGCCGGCACACCUUUCUGGAAAAUAAAACCAACACAUUGCAGUCUGGAGCAGAAAAACAACAUGGCCGCCAUGCCCACAGCAUGGCAGACUCUGCACACGGAUCCAUGUCGUCCUCUUCUAAAAGCUCAGCUUCUUAUCUAAGCCUCUCCAAGAGCCACGGGGCUCUUAGCGAUGCCAAAUCUGUGGGGAACCUCAGCGAUGGUCGACUUCACCCAGACGACCCAAACGCAACGGCCGUCGUAGGACCCAGUGCCCGUUUCUUCCCUGCCAGCUGUUUGGACCUCAACGCCCCGUCGGGUCUUCCAGGACCCCCCGGCAGUCCCUCAGCUCGACACAGUGACCGAUCAGGACACAGCCCCGCUUCCCGUAGCAGCGUGAAUGUCCGUAUGGAGAGCAGCACGUUGGACUCCUCAUCGAGACACAAGUCCAGACACAAAUCGUUGGCUCCAGAAGAUGCUGGUGCUCCAGAGCUCCUAGACCCAGGAGGACCAGCGAUGCCCAACACUCACACCCUGCCUUCCCCCCACGAGUCUUAUCACUACGGCCUGGGCUACACGUCCCCCUUUUCCUCCCAGCAACGGCCUCAGCGCCACUCCAUGUACGUGAGACGGGAACGUCACCGACCACAUGGGUCCGAGGGCGUCAUGGCGGGCCUGCCGCCGCCUGGCCAGGCCAUACCGACACGGGCCAGCAGCCUUCAGCUCCUCUCCCCGCAGCUGCAACAUCGUACCAACCUGACUGGACAUUCAGUGAGCUCAUCGAGAGAGGACUGCACCGACGACAUGACGAGGAGUGAACAGCCCCCUAAAGACAUGAGCCACCCUUGUGCCCCCAUCAAAGACUCUACGAGGGACAACUCCGCUGCUUUUCAUACACAGCGCUCUAAAAAUGAGGUCGGUAUGUAUCAUGACCCUCACGGUGAGGAUGCAGGAUCCUCCAAGGAAAACCGGAUGAUCUUCACUGAGUCCAUGCCUCGGAGAGUAGGCAGCUUCUACAGAGUCCCUUCCCCCAGACCGGAUAACUCCUCUUCUUUCCACGAAGGUGUUGGUCAGGGCAGAGGGCCUGGGGUACCCGUUGUGACCGGAGAUCCAGGCGGCAUGGCGAACCACUCCAAACGCCAGACGGCUUUUGAUUGGACUGCUGCAGAAGCAAUGGUCAUGAAUCCUCCUGAGCCCACCAAAGAGAAAAAACAAGGCUUCUUCAAAGCCAUUAAAAAGAAAAAGAAGAAGACACAAAUAACGGACGUGGAGGACGGAAGGAAUCCGAGCAUCAAGAAAAGCCUUUUCCCCCUUUUUAGCUCUAAGAAUAGCUUAAAGCACAACUCAGCUGGAAAAAUCCUACCUGUAGUUGCCUCGCCUAUGGUACAGCAUCAGCCUGCGGCACCCUACCCUGCCUCACCAGUUACUGGGAACGGACAGGAACAUCUUUCCCUUCAGAGGAGCUCCAAGUCGUCCUCCCACCACAGCAGCCGACGGAAAAACCGCGAGCGAUCACGGGACAGAGACCGCGACCGGGAACAGAGCAGGGACAGAGACCGGGACAGGGACAGAGAGAGAGACAGAGAGCGGGAGAGAGAGAACAAGAGGGAGAGAGAGAGGGAGAGGGGGAGGGAAAGAGAGAGAGUCUCUGAUUGGCCUCCAGACAAGCCAGUGGACUCCCACUCUCAGAGCCAACCACUCAAGUCUCUACGUCGACUCCUUCACCUCUCGCCUUCCCCCUCAAACCAAGGGCAGCCUCCUCCUCCACCUCCUCCGGACCUGCGCUUCCAAGCCCCGCUCCCCAACCCGCCUCAGUCCUCCUCCAAAGCCGGCUACCCAGAGGGCCGAGGGCACACGGAGAGCAGGGCCCACUCGGGGAUGAGCAGCUCAAGCCAGACGAAGAACCGCAAGGCCAGCUACACCUUACCGGGACAGAUCGAAUCCAGCUGGCACGUGUCGGCUCUACAGCGGGUGGAAGGCGCUCAGUUUACUCCAGAGCAGCUGGGCAUCAAACCGGGUCAGAACGGACCUACUUUUACCCGAGCGUCCCGCACCAGGAUGCCAAAUCUCAACGAUCUGAAGGAGACAGCCCUGUAACGUCCCCCCAACCUCUCUGACGGGUCUCCGUCCUUGGAACCUGGUCACAGACAUCGUGGUAAACUGGUAAAAGUUCACAGAAAUAUAGUUAUUAUCUGUUGAUUCUCGUGUCUCUGAAAUCUACAAAGACCCGACGCAAACAGGCCAGACAUCAGUAAGGUGGGACUUGGCUUAAAGGAAGGAGGUCCCGGUAUCUUCUCUGGAUGUCGGCACCACGUCAGCUUAUUCUGCUCACAUCAGAACAAGCAGAUCUUUCCUGUCUGGGAGACACUGCCUGUGUGGCCUCGCUGCCGCCAUCUUCUGCUUACGGAGCGCUACUGCAACGGUUGAGAAGCCUCUGUCGCAUCGGUGGCCAAUAAACUUAAAGGUUUUUCAAGCACUGAUAUUUGAUAACAAAAAAGAGAGAAAGAUUUAUAUCGAUAUUAUUUAUUAAAUAUUUAUUUGUUUUAAAUUCAAGGAUAUAAGCUAUAAAUGACAGUAUGUAGGUUAUAUGGGAAUAUUAUAAAAAAACAUGUAGAAUUAAAUGUGUAAUUGCAAGAGCUUUAGUUUCGACACAGAGAAAUGAAUAGAUAUUUAUGUGUUGAUAAUAAUGUCAAAAGGAGUAUUUAAUAAUGGUGAAUGUCUUUUUAUGUUGAAUAUGAUGAUGUUAACAUAUCUUAUGUUAUCCUAUUUUUACCCGUUUUUAUUUAAUCAAAUUGUAAACAAAGAGAAAAAGAAAAACUACUGAAAAGUGAAAAAUCUCAGACAUUAGAUGUAGUACAGAUACGACCAUCACCUUCAUGACAUUGGUUGUGAAGUUGUGUGAUAAUUCGGGACAUUUGUAGACAUUGUUCGUUGGCAGAUCAACCAGAGGGUGACAGAUCAACGUUGUGCUUUAAGUACACUGGAAAUAAAAAGAUCAAAAGUGUACGCACUCUUGGUAGGGAGAAAACGCCACGUUUUUGUGGCAUAAAAAUUUACCAUAAUAGGCUAUUUCCACCUUCAAUUUGACAUAUACCCUAAUACAGUUCAAUUAAAAAGCAAACAAUAAAACCCUGCUUAUGGAAGUGUGUGUUGAGUUGGAAUCAUACUUAGCCAAAGGACCUUUUUUAUUGAGUUUCAGCAUUUUGUCUGGUGUGAGUAUGUAACUACAGUGCGUCUUACCAAGGUCAUAUUUGCUAAAUCAAAAUGGCAAGGGCUGUAGAUGUAAUUAAUCCCAGGGUUUCGUGCAGAAAGCGUGCUAGGCCGAGGGCUUGGGAUGCUGGGGAUGCUAGGUCCAGCAGUCAACCAGCCAGAGGUCCUGUUUUUGAGUUAAAAAAUAUUGACAUUGUUGACAUGAAAUUAAAAAAUUUCACUUGAUAGUUAUUGGCAGACUGGAGGAUUAAUACUUAAACAUCAACUACAAAGUCUUAAAAAAAAAGGGCAAUAAUUAAAAAAAACUGUAAAAUAACUAAACUAUGCUAAGCCUGGUGGGGGCACAAGUAAAGCCUGGUGGCCCGCCAGACUUAUAAUACACUGUGGGAAACCCUGAAUUCAAAACUCCAGUUUUUUUUUUUUUUGUUUUUUUUUUAGCAAACACUUGAACAUUUUAGGUCUAAUUUAGAUGGUGUUUGGAACUGGAAGCAAAGCUAGAAAUGAAAUCAUGAGUUCCAGAUGAAAAAAGUAAGCCCAGAGCAUGAUGCUGCCAACACUAUGCUUCACUUUGAGUGUGGUGUCAUUUUAAUGAUAUGCAGCUGCAUUGUUCUUGUCAUGAACAUGGCAUAUGAAAAUACAUAUAUAUCCAAAGUGUUUGCUGAGAAAUAGACUAAAGAGAGUAAAGCAGAGAAUCCUGAAACUGAAUAAGAAAGUAACUCUAAAAAAGUUGAGUUUGCCGGUUAAGACAGCUUUUUCAUUUUUUUUUUCUUUUUCUCUCUUUAACUUAUUGAACUGUAUAUAUCACAUUGAAGGUGGAAUACUAUUUUUUACGAUUAUUUAUGGUCCAAAUUGUUUUUACAUCACCAACUCAUGUCCUACUUCUGGUGACAGUUUUUUUUUUAAUUUACCCCAAUUUUCUGUCUUUUAUCAGUAACAACAAACAGCUCUCCAGCUUCAUGCUGCCAUUUUGGGUUUGUCUACAACCUUCCCAUGAGGCAACAGGCGUCUUUGCUCAUGUUGACCUCUGGAACUGAGACAUAUGACAUACAACUCUGAAGAUUGUUUCAAAAAGGCAUACCUCACUUACAGCCAUUAAGAUCUUUCGGGAUAAGUCUGGGGAUACUUUUAUACUGUAAUUCUUGAAAGCCAAAAGUUUGUGAAUCUGGCAUUGUCCAAACACAGACUCCACGUUAUUCAGUUUAUAAAUGAAUUUGUUAGCACGAAAAAAAACAAAAAAAUAUUCUGUCAAUUUCAAAACUCUUCAUUGUAGUGAUGGCUUAGGUGUCUAAAUCAUGACAGAAAGUAGUUGCAUCUUCACAGAUGAAGAACUUCAAAUAGAAAGCUUAAAAUAUUUUACUAUGACAAAGUCGAACCAAAAAUGUUGAUCUAUUCUAACUUUUUAAAUGCCAAGUGACGCAAACGAUACAAUCUUUGUAACUUUGCUUUACUUUUAGGACUGGAUUUUACUGCCGAAACUGGUUACACAAAAUUAUCCCAGACUUAUUCUGUAAUCUAUGUUUACAUCCUCCGUGUGCAUCUUAAAGCUCGUGCCAUCACCUUUUUGUAAAUGCCUCUUUUGUAAACAAUUUUAAACAUCUGAAAUUUGAUUUCCCUGUUUGCAUUACUUUUAACAUCAGCAGUCACGAUCAGGGAUGAAUUUACUCAAAACUUGAUUAUUUAAAAUAAUAAUAAUAAUAAUAAAAAGAUCACCUUAUCUUGUGACGUGUGGAUGAAAAAAAAAAAAAUAACACUUUGUGAAGUUAUAGCGCAAUGUCUCCUCUAAUCUCCAGCAGUGUUCAUCGUUCCUUCCUCCAUCAGAGUAUUAGAAUCAUUACACAUUUUACUCAAAGAUGAACAUAAAGAUCACUUCUACUAGAAUGCAGCUUCAAUUUAACGGAGAACCAAUUGACAACAUGGCUGAUUGAAAGCAAUAACAUCAAGAAAUAAUCUCAAAGUUGUGUGGGUUGGUCACAUCUAAAAAUUAAACUGAAGCAUAGAUGACUUCCUGCAGUAUAUUGUGAAGCUGGGAAGUGAAAAUAGUGCCAUCAUCCUGCAAUAUUUUACCAGUGCUCCUGUAUCUCACCGAGCCUGGCUCAAAUCAAACACACUGCCCCAUGAAGCUGUGCAUUUGUGCAAACACUUAGUGCUAAUGAUUGUAAAUGACUGCUGAUGUGGGUUUGUUUAUGUCCUUUGUGGACAGAGGGGUGACAACGCUUGCCUUGCCAGUGACCCGAAGCCUUACAGUUAGCUCGCUGACUCAGCAGUUCUUGGUACAAAAGGCUCCAGUCACUCAAACGCGGGAAGAUGACGUUCUGUUCCCAAAUAUGAAUGUGUUUCCUAAAACAUCUUCUACUUUUAUUUUCUGUUUCUCCAUUAGCUAUUUUCCACCUCUGUCAGGGUGUAAAUACAAAUAGCAGAGUGUAUCUAUGCUGACCAUUCUAAUUAAAAUAUGAUAGGGUCUCAUAAUAAAUACCGACUGUACAUUUU